AUGUUGCGUGUUUUAAGUAGACGUUUCUAUUGCAAAAUUGCAGCCAAAACGAAUUUUAAGACUGCCAAAUUGGACUUCAAGGAGCUACGGUACGCUACGAAGGUGCCACAAACGCCGGUGGACACAGUAUUUCCAGAGACAACCGCCAACAGAGUGGAGAUUGAUGCAAAAACCAUUCAAUUACUGGAGCGCCUCUCCCUGGUGAAUCUGGAUAGCGAACAGGCAUUGGCCACGCUCAACAGUAGCAUCCAGUUUGCGGACAAGAUAGCCCACAUCAAUACGGAGAACGUUCGGCCGCUUUACACCGUGCUCGAGAACCAGCAGCUCCAGUUACGCAACGACGAGGUGAAGGAGGGUGACUGUCGCGUGGAGCUGCUGAGAAACGCCAAGGUGACGGACGAAGAUUACUACGUCUCGCCGCCUGGCAAUAUUCCGCUGGAACAAUGAGUCG